CUUGGAAUUUCUAUAUAUUCAAUCUCGAUUUAUAAGAUUUUUUAAUUUGCUAACUGCUGGUGAUUGGAUUGGUAUUUCCCAUAAUAAGAAUAAAUUCACCGCAAAAAUGAAGUUCUCCUGGUUUACUUUUUUGGGCCACCUAUUGUUCGUGUUGAUGAACUUUCAGGCAGUUGUUUGUAGCGAUCAAGAAGCUACUGAAUUAGCAAAAGACAUGAAUUUUAAACUACACAGUGGAGAUUUAAUGCCUUUAAUCGGAUUUGGAACUUACCAGAUACAUGGAGACGAACUUAUAAAGGAUGUAUUGGAUUUAGCUUUAGCUGCUGGUUACAGACUAAUAGAUAGUGCUACUGUUUACGGUAAUGAAGUAUCCAUAGGGCUUGCCUUAAAAGAACUUUUGCCAAAAUACAAUUUAACGAGGAAAGAUAUAUUUAUUACUUCGAAAUUAGCUCCUACUGACCAAGGGACGAAGGCUUACGUAGCUUUAGAAAGAUCCCUUCGUAACCUAGACUGUGAUUACCUAGAUUUGUAUCUCAUCCACUGGCCAGGUGUACAAGGGAUAAGAAGCGAAGAAAGAAACAAUUCUCUACUUCGAGGUGAAAGCUGGCAACAACUUGCACGAGCUGCCAAAGACGGUUUAACUAGAAACAUCGGUGUUUCUAAUUAUAAUGUUAAACAUAUGACAGAAUUGUUGAAGAACGAUCAUGGAGUAAAACCUGCAGUAAAUCAGGUUGAAUGGCAUCCUGCUUAUCAUCAACCAGAACUAUUGGAUCUUUUAAGAAAAGAAGGUAUUCUUUUGCAAGCUUAUUCGUCCUUAGGUGGUUCUAAUAAUCCGGAUUUAUUGAACAAUCCUAAGGUGACAGAGAUUGCUGCUAAAUUAGGGAAGAGUUCGGCACAGAUCCUCCUCCGUUGGGCCCUCCAACAGAACAUCGCCGUUAUCCCAAAAGCGCGUUCCAAAAAACACAUCGACGACAACAUCGACCUCGACUUCAUCAUCCCGGACGAGGACAUGAAGACUCUGAACACUUUCCAGCAAGUGAAAUACGCUUGGGAUCCCGACGUCAUCGCCUAACCUCAAAUUACUUCCCUCCAAUCCACUACUAACAUAGUUUUUAAGAUAAAUUAACUUUUUUUUAGUUUUUAUAUAAAAGCACAAAAUGGAGAAUAAAAAUUUUAGCGAACAAAUAGCGCAUGUAUGCGAGGAGUGUUUUAGAACAUUGCCGAAGUGCGGGAAACCGAAUGAGAAAGAAUGGACGGUGCUGUCUUGCAUUGUACGCGAAUUUGACAGCGAAUUGACAGUCGUAGCUUUGGGUACCGGAUCCAAAUGUAUCGGUAGAUCAAAAAUGUCCGAUCGAGGCGACGUUUUAAACGAUUCUCACGCCGAAAUUAUUUGCAGACGAUCAUUUUUAAGGUAUAUUUAUUCUCAAAUGCGCGGCGAUUCAGAUAUAUUGAGUUUCGAUGAAAAUUGUAAAAAGUUCUGCAUAAAUUCCGAGGUGCAAUUCCAUUUUUACACCUCGCAUGUGCCGUGCGGCGAUGCUGCCAUUUUUUCGAAACAGAAUUCCGACGAUUUUGGACGUAUCGUCGAGGAUUGCGAAGAAACGCCUUCAAAAAAGGUGAAGCUGGACGAGGAUAUUUUUCGAACUGGGGCUAAAUGCGUGGAUGGGAGCGGAGAAGUUGAUGCAAAGUUGCCUGGCGUUGACUAUCACGUGACGGGGGUUGUAAGAACUAAACCAGGAAGAGGCGAUCCAACUCUUUCCGUGUCUUGUAGCGACAAAUUAGCAAAAUGGAGUCACUUAGGCGUUCAGGGUGCUCUUCUGUCCAACCUAUUAGACAAACCAAUAUAUCUUUCUUCUUUUACUAUAGCCGGCAACAGCCCUUUCUGUAAAGAAGCCUUGGAACGAGCCUUGUACGCCAGGUUGGGAGUAUUGUCACUUAAAGGUCCUUAUAGAUUACAUAAAAUGGAUGUCAAUCAAAGUUCCACAGCAUUUGAGUAUGCUAAAGUUGACAGCAAGCAACCUUGUCCGUCUAGUAUAUCUUACAGUGCAGUAACUGAAAACAAGAUCGAAGUUGCCGUGCAAGGUAGACGUCAAGGCGUUACGAAAAAGAAGCGGAACACGGAGGCAGGCCGUUUGAAAAUUUGCAAAUUGGACCUGUUUAAAAGUUUCUUGAACGUUUGCAAUGAAAGAAAGAUCGAGUUGAAGUCGAACUGUGAUAACAUUGAUUUAAGUUAUGGAUCUGUUAAAUUGUUGAGCGAUGUUUAUCGGGAAUCCUGGAGGGAACUAAGGCGAUGUUUUAAGACAUGGAGUAUUAAAAAUGCGAGUUUAUUAGAUUUUUUAGCGAAAUAAAUAUUAUACUCUAAAA